UAAGUUGCUUACUCCUCCGAAUAGCGGGAUCCAUUUGGCUGGCUUUCAAUGUUUGGCGGGGCAGCAACCUUAGUUCAAUGAUCACCAACGAACUCGUCCCAGCUAAAUAAAGGUAAAUUAAUUCCAUAUCAGUUCCUACAUUUUUCUCAGCACAUUAAAACAAAUUAUUCUCCUUCAAGCCUUCAUCUCGUGGGGCUUUUUUCUCACGACUUCUAGGAUAUCCAUUCAAUAGUGCUUCCCACUCCCAUUGCGUUAUAUAUACAUCACUGUCUGUGUCUGAUCCACCAUGGCCGACGCUGAACUUGAAGAGAUCCGAAAAGCACGCCUUGCGCAACUACAGGCGCAAGCAGGACAAGGUGGAGGACCAGGCCAAGGUUCAAAUCAGGAACAGAGACAACAACAAGAAGCCGAAGCCCGCCAAGCCAUCCUAUCCCAAAUCCUCCUCCCAGAAGCCGCUGACCGUCUCGGUCGGAUUAGAUUGGUUAAAGAAGAGCGAGCGACAGAUAUAGAAAAUAGACUGAUCAUGCUGGCGCGGACGGGCCAGUUGCGUGCUAAAGUGACGGAAGAGCAGCUGAAAGAGUUGUUGAAUGCAGUUGCGGAGAAUAAAGAAGAGGAGAAGAUUGUGAUUAGUAGGAGGAAGGGUGGGUGGGACGAUGAUGAUGAUUUACUGGAUUUUUGAGGGGCGCUGGGCAAGGUAAAGGGUUGGAAAGAAGCAUAAAGAGGAAAGAGACAAUGCGAAUUGACGAAUUGAUGAUAUGACCUUUUCUUAUACGGAGGGGUUUGAGGGGAGGUAGCUGGGAUAUACUUUUGCGUGGACAGGAACUAUAUUUGAUAUCCCCUCCUCUGUUUAUGAUAUAAACUGAGUUACUAUGAAAAGCUAAACAAACGGCUUGUGAAUGAAACUGAAAUAACCUCCAGAAACUGGAGAAUAUAUAUUUGAAAUGGAGUAGAUGGUAUGGCAAUUAUACAUGAUGGCCGAAAUAUCCCAACGAAAAAGAAAAUAGUCUAAUUUCAACGCCCAAAACUCCCCCGCAAUGCAUCCUGCUGUACACAGUUAGUAUAUAUAUUACAAGAGAUCAACCAAAGUGAUCACUGGCCAUCCUUUGCUUUCGCGGCCUCCUCAGCCGCCUUCUGCCUCCGCAUCAUCUUCCGUAUCUCUCUCAGAUCUGCUGGCUUCUCAAUCCCCAACUCCUCCCUCAACUCAUUAGCAUCCCU